UCCGGUGUCAUGUCAGCGGUCUGCUGGCACCGCAUGUUUACACUCUGAUGCUCCUGCACGGUUCCAGUCCUCACGUUUUUCAGUGAAACAGUUCGACAGAAACAAACGGAGAUGGCAGAAGUCGUUCAAGAGAAAAGUCGUGGCUUGAAGUUUGCGGAGCAGCAGCUCCUUCGCCACGGCUGGGAGCACGGUAAAGGACUGGGACGAGCUGAAAACGGCAUAUCGGAGGCCAUCAAGGUGAAAGUGAAGUGUGACAAAGGAGGAGUUGGCCAUAAAGAAGGGGAGCAGUUCACCUUCCACUGGUGGGAUCAUGUCUUCAAUAAAGCCUCCUCCAGCCUGCAGGUGGAGUCUGAUCAAAAUGGGAUUAAGCUGAAGAAGACUGCAGAAGAAGAGGAUGGGAUGAUCUCCAAUAAAAAGCCGAGGAAAGCGACACUGGCUAAAGAUAAGCUGUAUGGAUGCUUUGUCAAGUCUGCCACGCUGCUGUCUGGUCAGGAGCAGCCAGAGCCGAAGGCCUCCAGCUCAGAUGACUGCAGCAGCUCUGAUGAGGAGGAUGAGCAGAGGAUGGAUCUGUCCAGCACCACCAAGCUUUCUGACACUGAUCUUAUGAAGGUUUGUGGAGGACGCACAGCUCACAAGGGAGCCAGGCACGGCUUGACCAUGAGCGCCAAGUUAGCCAGGCUGGAGCAGCAGGAGGCCGAGUUCAUGGCCAAGUAUGGAAAGAAGAACCAACCAGCAAGUGCUCCUCCUCUAGCCUCCCGUUUAGAGACGCCGGAGGAGAUGAUGACAAGCAGAAAAAAGAUGAAAAUGAAUGAGAAGAGUAGUGAUGGAGUGUGUGAAACUCCCACAACAGAUGUUCAACCUAAAAAGAAGAAGAAGGAAAAGAAGAGCGCUGAUCCCGAGGAAAGAACUGAUGAGGAUUUGAUCCAUGUAGAAAACUGUGAGGCAGAUGAUUCGCACAAGAAGAAGAAGAAGCAAAAGAAGAAGAACAAAGUGGAGGAGAACAGAGUCGAAGAGACGCAUUCACCGGCUGCAGAGAGCGAGGAGGUGACUGCUGAGAUGCAUGCUGACGAGGGCAAGAAGAAGAAGAAAUCCUCUAAACCCCCAAAGGAAAAUGACAGUGACUGUAAGGAGCCUAGCCAAUCAAAUCACACAGGACUGGAGGACUCAGACGUCACAGAGUCAGUGAAGAAAAGGAAAAAGUGCAAAAAGGACAAAACGUGUACACAUGAGGAGGCUCCUCCUCUGAAGAGGAAGAAGAAGAAGUCUAAAGACUAGUGUGUGAUUAACUGGGAAUCUAAUUCCAUGUCUGAAGAGGACGUGCUUCCCAGUGUACUCGUCUGUGGUGCUAAACCUGAAUCAUCAAUGUCGACCAGCAAGAAUAAACAAGUGAAAUUGUGGUUUAAAAAAAACAAUCAGCUGAGGUUUCAUGUGAGUGCUUCCUGUUUAGCUUUGUUUAGUCGAUAUUAGAGGAACUCGGUGAGUUACAGUCUAAACGUGGACUGUAAAGGAACUUUGGAUGUUUUCAGCAAACUGGAAAACAUCUUUAACUACAUCCAGCAGGUGAUGCGCAUUACAAGCCCGAUGCUGUUUAGACAAGUUGAUGAUUUUUUUUUUAAAGAUUGCCUUUAUAACAUGAAAUGUGCCCUAAAUAAUCCAUCACAACCAGACGUGGCUUUUCUAACCUCAGCGAUUGUAGCUGGAGUCAGUUUAGUUGUUCUGGGAGGUAAACAUGACGGAGACCCCAGCUGUUUUUACAGUACUGGUGCAGGACGCGGAGUAUUGUGACACAUGCUGGUUUUAUAUGCAAAUUAAAUGAUCAGACUCAGCA